AUGGUCACCGCCGCUGAGUGCGUCCUCUCCCUACCGGAGCUGGUCUCCAUUAUCCUCUACUGGGUCUACUUCUCCGAAGCCAAGGCGUGGUACACAGCCAAGUUUGCCUUCUUCGGCCUGUCCGAUGAUGGUAAAAGACCCAACGGCAGCUGUACCCUGGCCGUAGCCUCACGAGUCAAUAAGCUGUGGUACUAUGAAGCAGUGCGGCUUCAGUGGGCAGACCCCACACGCAUGUCUGGUCAUUCGAUCCAUUACCGGAUUGGGUCUCUCCCCUCCAUGGAGCAACGACAGUUGUAUGCCGGCUUCGUCAAGUCUGGGACGCUGCCCAAAUGCCACUCCAAGAACGUCAAGGCGCACGGCCGAUUGGUUGAGGGUGUGUUCUUUCCCAAGCUCCGGGCAUUACGAUACCGACUCGCGGCAAACGCGAAGAGGAUCUUUCUAGCCGACAUCGACGCUCCUGAAGUCGACACCCUUCACGUCCACAUCGGGGGACAGGAACACUUGGACGUUGAAUUCAGCGAGAAGGUAGUGUAUCGGCUCAUCAAAGUUGUCAAGGUUGGUUUCCGCUACGUUUGUACGGGAUCUGUGCUGACAUCCAGCUGUCUAUGA